AUGUCCAUCUACCAAAGAAACGGUCAGCCGCUCUCCCAGCAGGCUCUAUACCAACAGAAAUUGAGACAGGGCGUCUACAAUUCGCCAGGUAAGCCCAUUGUGGGCGUCAACUCCAACGCCUCCGAUGCUGCUGCUCUCUUGGCCGCCUCGUCUGAUUUGACUGUCAAACCUUCCUACGAGCGCUUGCAGGCUGCCCCCGAGGCCCAUAAUGCCGCAUUGGCUGCCAGAAAGGAGCAAAUUAAUGCUUGGAAAAGAGAGAAGGAGGACCCCUUGGCUGAUGCUGCUGCCGCGUCUGCCAGAACCGCCGAAGCCGUUCCCAGAAAACUGGAGUUGGGUAUUCCAGCCUCCUACAAUAAGGGUUCAGUGUACAAGGUUGCCACGUCCAACUCCACCUCUACCAUGACCUCACGUGUUUCUCCAGAGAAGUCGGUUUCGAAGCACGGCUUGGCCUCCACCUCCACCACCAUGACUUCGCAAUCGUUAAACAUCGGUAAGAUCUCACAGAUUGCUGAUAAGAACUCGCUGCAGUUGCUCAACAACCGGUUUAACCCGGAGAACGACUACAGGUCGGGUAUUGCCACUCAGCCAGCUGAAUUUUUGACCGCUGACCAGGAGAAGUUGGCUGCGCAAUCCGCAGGCCGCUCUUUGACCAUGAAGCACGGAGCCGGCUACUCUGACUCAGUAUCGCUGCAAAAGAGAACAAAGACCUUUCAGGCUGCAGAUGUUGUGGAUGCAACCUUGUUGGCUGCUGCCAGUGCAAAAGCAGCCGAGCGUUUGAACUCCAUCAAGCUGACUGACCCUUCGAACUUGAGAGAGCAGGCUCAGCUCUACAGUAAGGCAUUGGCUACUGCUCAGAAGAACAGCGAGGAGAGAUUGAAAAACAAUAAGGCUGGUAUGAUCGAUUUGGGUGGUGGCUUGCUGUUACCAAUCGCCGAGGUUGACAAGUUGGCCUCUUUGAUUGUGCAGCCUGUUUUGAACGAUCUCAAUGACAAGGCCACUGCUCAACGUGAGUCAGAUGCCAAGCAGAAACUGAAACUCGCUGAGUUGCUGCGUUUACAUCAAAAGUCUAAGGUUGAUGACUUCAACCGUAAGCAGAAGGAGAAGGCUGAAAGAAAGCAGGCCGAGAAGGAUCGUAUUGAAGCCAAUGAGGGCAGAAAGAAGAACGAAGACGAAUUGUACGCCACGUACCAGGGUGAGCGUCAUACUGAAGUCGACGGCAAGACUGAAGAACUCAAGGAAUUGGAAGAGAAGUAUGCCGGCGAGAAGGAAGCCUUGUUGACCGAGAAGCAGGAGAACGAAGACGCCAUCCAUGAGGAGGAGUCUGGCCUCAUUGCAGAGCGUAAGGAGGAGUUGGAGAAAAUGCAAGCCGAGAGAGACGAAGAGUUGAAGCCAACUCUAGAUGAGUUGGAGGUCGAAACCGGCAAGUUGAAGGACUUGACUGACUCCAAGAACCAAUUGGAGAGCGAAGUUGCUAGCGGUGAGAAAUUACAGGAAGAGUACGAGGCUAAGAUUGCGGAAUUGAAGGAGAAGUUGGAGCAAACUAAGACUGAUAUCGAAACUACUACUGCUGAGCUUGAAGAGACCACCGGCAAGCGCGAGAACCUCGACAAGGAGGUUGAGGAGUUGCACACUAACAAGGCUACCGAGGACGAAAAUGCUGAGAAAACGCAUAAGGAAUUGGACGAGCAAUUGAACCAGUUGGAGAAGGAGAAAGAAGAGCACACUACCAGCAAGGCUGCGCAGAAGAAGGAGAUCUUACUGGAGAUCGAUGAACAGGUGAAGGAUGAACACAAGAUCAACAAGGAAUUGCCAGAACAUUUGCAACUGGAAGUUCCUGAGACAAAAUUCCGUGAUACCGGCUCUCUUUUCACUGUUGAGCAGAAGCCCGAGAAGAUUGUUGAAGAAAAAGCCGUGGAACAACCCAAACCAAAGGAGACUGUUGCUGCCAAGGUCGAGCCAGUUAGUGCCAGCCCUAAGAAAGGUUUCCGUUCCAGAAUAAACAGCAUCAAAAAGGCAUUCAAGACGCCACAAUCAGCGCAGCCCGCCGCCAAGCCUGCUCCAGCUACUGUGGCAUCUACUCUCAAGAAGAAGGAAGUUGAAGAAGAGCCUAAGAAGCUUGAGAGCAACACAUCUGCCAACAAGGAGAAGUCCUCCGAGUUGAGCAACUAUGAAGAGGAGAUUUCCAUCAAGGACGAUCGCUCCAAGAAGGGAGGACUUUUCAAGGAGGAGAUCUAA